AUGGUAGCAUCUUGGAAACACAGCGUCGCUUUGCGAUCUCGACACGCUCUCUUCUCUGACCAAAUACACUCUUUCAUCAUGUAUGCAUCAUGUUCGUCGCUCACACUACUGUCCGCUUUGGUUAGCAUAACCGCAGCCUACCCUAGUUCUGCAUAUAAUCCUGCACCCAAUCCUGGAAUCAGAAAGCUCUCCACAGUCGACAUCCGAAUCGCCCCCAAAAGCCAUGACAAAGUGAUGAUAAGCGCUGUUUCAAACUCGUCAAACACAAGGCGUUUGUCUUACUUUGUACAGAGCGGUCUCGCCAUCACCCAUGGUGACGUGAUCUACUCUUCUGAGGACGAGCUCCUCCGCAAGGUCAAGGCGCAGAAGCGGUCCCUCUCCUACUUCGCGGACGACAAAGAAUCACUCUGGCCUUCUGCACGUAUUGAGUACAAGUGGCAGUCCGAGGAUGCGAAAGGGCAGGGCAGGCAGGAAGCGUGGGAGGAGGCGACGAAGAGGUGGACGGAUAUGCUGCCGUUUGUGAAGUUCUCUGAGAAUCCAGCGGGGGAUGCACAGUCGGAGGAUGUUGUCACUCUGGUCCCGACUGAGAACACUGGGUCGUGCUUCAGUCCGAUUGGCAAGGCGCAGAACAGCCAGUCGAACCAGAUCAUGCUCGAUAGCGAGUGCGGCGGGGCUGGUACCUACACUCACGAGCUCGGUCACACACUCGGUCUUUUCCACGAGCACAUGCGUCCCGACCGAGACGAGUACGUGACGAUCAACUGCGCCAACGUGAUGCAGUCCGACGAGGGGCCCAACAACUGCGGCGAGAACUGCAGUGGCUACGGCUGCAACUUCCAAAAGCUCCCCAAAGACAGGGCAGACUGGUCGGGGCCCUACGACUCGCUUUCCAUCAUGCACUACAGCCCGGACGAAUUCGCGAAUGGCAACGGUCCCGCUAUUGUAGCGAAACCUGGCGUGCCUACCCCGAGGCGCCAUACUUUUCCUACCGCGCAGGACGCGAAGAGGGUGUGCAGUCUGUACCAAGACCAGUGCAAGGGUGUAUGUGGGGAUGGCAAGGUUGAGCCGGGGAAUGGAGAGGAGUGCGAUGACGGGAAUAACCAGAGUGGAGAUGGGUGUAGUUCGGACUGUAAGAAGGAGUGA